AUUAUACUUGAAACCAGAGCUCUCAGAAAUACUGAAUUACUGUAAAUUGUGUAGAUAUUACACAAAAAUGACAUUUGAUUUUGUUACAGGUUUGUGAAUGUCCUGGUGUACUAUGGGCUGUCACUCAAUAUUUCAGACUUUGGAAUGAAUAUCUACCUGACACAGAUGAUCUUUGGCUUGGUGGAAAUGCCAGCACGUACCAUUACUCUCUUCACCCUAAACCGCUCACGCAGAAUAUCCCAGUUAGCAUUCUUGGCAGUAGGCGGCCUGGCCUGUCUUCUUACCAUAUUCAUUCCAGAUGAUCUGUCUGUUUUUCGCACUGUACUUGCCAUGGUGGGCAAGUUUGGCAUCACCGCAUCGCUGUCCAUUGUGUACAUUUACUCAGCAGAGGUCUUCCCAACAGUCAUCAGACAAAAUGGCAUAGGUAUGGGUUCGAUGUGCGCACGGGCAGGUGGAGUGAUUGCACCCAUCAUCUACCUCCUGAGAAACAUCAGCCGUCAUGCCCCCAUGGUGGUAUUCGGCCUGUGCCCACUCAUAGGUGCUGCCCUCACUAUAUUUCUGCCUGAGACAGCCCAUAAGCCCCUGCCAGAUACUAUAGAGGAUGUGGAGCGGUGAGUUGUGUGAGCACUACGGCUGAGAAGUCACAACAUGCUUUGUAUGAAGAGUGCCCCAAACAGAACCCCAACGUCAUCCUCUGAACAGUGAGCCUACAGUAGACUGUCUCCAAACAACCAUUUCAGAAGAAAAUACUUUUCAUGUCAUUUCCAACUUUUCUUUCCAGGUGUACUUGAACAUAAAGUGCACUCUUAGAAGAAGAAAAAAAGGUAUAAAGCUAAAACAAAAGCAAAAGUAACAAAAG